UAGAUGACUUGUGUCGCACAUUCGACAGAAAUCUUUGUUUUCGUAAAGUAAAUAAUACCUAAAUCUCUAUUUACUCACUGUAUGUAGUUAUAUAGUAGUCCACACUUGUACACAAAUAUUUUAGUUUAUUUUACAUGUAGGUAAAAAUGGACCGAGAACAAACAGUCUUUCCAGCUGGCUCUGCGUUCAUGUGUCAGCUGUGCAAACUCUUCUCUCACAGUCGCGCUCAGCUGUUGGGUCAUUGCUCCCAGGUGCAUCCUCAACAUGAGUCUGCAGAAGACAUUAUGGUGGAGCUGCAGCCACUUACUGCAGAGCCAGUGAAACAGCUGGCAGAGGGUCCAGUUAAGCGAAAAAGAGGACGGCCAAAAGGCUCCACAAAGAAGAUUCACAUUAACUUGACAGAGGAUGCUACUCAUUCUGCAGAGAAUGAUUUUAAAAGAGAACAAAAGAGAAACGAGGAACAACGCCUAGAGUGUAGUUCAGUUCAAGAAAGUCGUGGUGAGAGUUCAACACUGGAAUGCAGACACUGCCAUCGCUCAUUUGGAAACAAACGACAGAUCCUCAAGCACAUCUGCCUAAAAGAACAAGAUAAAGUAGAGGAUGAUACAGAGAACGAGAGUGUCUGUGCUGGAAAAGUAGAAGGAGGUUCUGAAGAUGUGGAUUCUGAAGGAGCAAUUGUGAACCACUCUAAACAAAAACCUGCAAGAUUCUCAAAAGUAAAAGAUGUGAACAGCAUUAAACUCUCCCAAAGCAACAGAUCUCAUGUCUCAGGUGAAGAAGGUCCGACAACUGGGCAGAAAAAGUCCGUCAUUGGUGUUGUUCUGAGAGAGGAUGAAAUACUUCCAGGUAUUAGUAAAAUGGUACCAAUUGAGGACAGUUCAGAAACAGAGACUGCUGCUGUUCAAGCUCAACAUCAGCCUGCAAGUGGAGCGAUAACCCCUGAAAAUAUCACCACGGAGCCAGAGCCGAGCUCCAGUCUGAGCUCAGCAACAGCAGAAACAAACAAAGGCUUCCAGGAAUAUUCCAUCAAACAAGAUAAUAUCAGUUCACGCCUGAACCAUCUGAAGAUCUUUGCCUGUGAGUUCUGUCAUAAGAUCUUCAAGUUCAGACACUCGCUGGUUUCCCACCUCAGGACUCACACUCAGGAGAAACCUUUUCACUGUCCGCACUGUGACUACGCUUCAGCCAUCAAAGCCAACCUGAAUGUUCACUUAAGGAAGCACACAGGAGAGAAGUUCAGCUGUGAACACUGUUCAUUCAGCUGCCUCAGCCCGGGACACCUCAAGGUUCACAUCGAGCGAGUCCAUCAGAGAGUGAAGCAGCAUUGCAGCUUCUGUGUGAAGAAGUACUCUGAUGUGAAGAACUUACUGAAGCACAUGGAGAAACAUCACAACCUGAAAGAACCGGACGUUUUACAAAACUACCAGGAACUGAGAUUAAAGACUCGUCAGGGCCUCAGGCAGCUCCUGUAUCACUGCACAACCUGUAACCGACACUUCAAGAACCAGCUGGGGCGGGAGCGCCACAUGCUGAUGCACAGUCCUCAGCCUCCCUUCGCCUGCUCGCUCUGCGACCACUCUGCGACCAAGAUGGUCGCCCUUGCUGCCCACGUCAGGAAGCAUCUCUUCCUGUAUGCCUGCUGCGCAUGUGACAGACAGCUGGUCAGCUCGCAUCGACUGAGGAGUCACCUGGAGGAGUCUCACCCCGAGCUGGAUCAAGAACGAGCCUUUGCAGACUGCAUCAACAUUAGCUACUGUCUGAUCCCACCUGAGGGAAGGGGAGGGAGCGAAGAGGCGCAGAGACGAGAGAUGGAAGAGCACAAGGAGGGUGAAGAUGACAGAAAUGAUGCAGUAGGCAAUAAGGAGCAGGACGGGGAGCAAAAGACGAAAGAACGAGACACAUUGCUGGAUGUAUGUGGAGAAGAACACGUAACUGUGGGAGCAAGUGAAAAAGAAGACGACUUAAGAAAUGAAGGUGCUCAGGAUAGUUCUCAGAACAGAUGUGAAGUGGCUGAAGUGGCAGCAGCUGAAGAGCAGUUAAACAAAACAAGUUCCUCUGCAGCUGAAAACACAAACACCUCCUUAUCUACCAAGUGUCUUCACAUCCUGCACCAGCAAGAUGGGACUCAAGAAAACACACCUUCAUCUUUUGGUCCUCAGGUGGACAACAAGCAGACUUCACUUUCAGAAAAGGCUAUGACUGCAUUCCAGCAGGUGUUUUCAUCCCUACAGAAGACUCAGCUUGAUAUGGACAUGUUCCAGAGACUCAGAAAAAUUUAUGGAGACCUAGAAUGUCAACACUGCGGGAAGUUGUUCUGGUACAAAGUCCAUUUUAAUGUCCACGUUCGCACACACACCAAGGAGCACUUGCACUAUUGUUCGAACUGCAGCUACUCUUCCAUCACCAAAAGCUCCUUGAAUCGGCACCAGAUCCACAAGCACAGCGGCCUGCUGCUGCGCUGUUCUGUUCCUGACUGCAAAUACACCACGCCUGAUAAAUACAAACUACAGGCCCACACGAAGACACACCACAGUCAGGGGCGCAGUGCGACUUGUCCCGUCUGUCGGUGCAGUUUUCCUGAGCACAGAUUAAAGUACCACAUUAAAUCAUCCCACCCAGGUAAAGUGACUGUGCAGGGAAAAAGACUAAUGGUGCAGCGUGCAGAGAAGUGUCCCCACUGUGACUCCUACUUUCUAAAGAACAGCAGUGACUUUCAGCAGCACAUCUGGGCACAUCAAGGUUUGAAGCCAUACAUCUGCGGUGUCUGCAGCUACUCAUGUCGCAAUAGGAGCAACCUGAAGACUCACAUGAACCGACACAACACGGAGAGUCAUCAUCUCUGCGAUUUGUGUGGUAAAAAGUUCAAAUCGAAACUCACCCUGAAAAGCCACAGGCUGAGCCACACAGAUGAAGGUAAGAGGUUCCAGUGCUCUGAGUGUCACUUCACAUCGGUGUUUAAACCAUCAUUGCUCAGACAUAUGGAGCAACAUGCAAAAUUUAAGCCGUUUCAUUGUGCUCACUGCCACUACUCCUGUAAUAUCGCCGGUGCUCUGAAGCGACACUACAAAAUGAAGCACCCAGAUGAGACGUAUGAGAACGCUGCGCCUGGACUGCCCAACUCUGAAACGCUGGAACAGCAAGGUGCCCUAAAGUGUCCAGAGUGCGAUUUUGUUUAUGGAACAAAGUGGGAGUUAAACCGUCACCUGAAGAACAAACACAACCUGAAAGUGUUGGAAGCCAAAUGGGAGGUAGUUGAAGAAGCAGAGGCUCAUUGUGUGUCUAUGGAGAAUGAGGAGCAGCUCACAAAUACACCUGUAGCUGCCACAAUGGACAGUGUAAAUAUCCAGCAGAUGACUAAACUCAGCUCAGAGACUCACAGUGAAGUCGCUUCCUAUGUUGCCAUGUCUCCCAGCACUUUGGCUGUAGUACAACAGUUACAGAUGGCCGAAGAGCAGGAGGUCGGUGACUGUAGCGAUCAGCUGUUGGUGGUGAAUGUGGAGGGGGCUGUGGAUGGAAACCAGGUGAUGGUGAUGGAGGAGGCAAGCGGCUUGGAGGCUCUGACGGUCCUCACCCAGGGAGAAAAUGCGCACCACUAUAUUGUUUACAUUUAA